GUUUACCAGAUUAGAUAAGCUAAACAAAAACAAAAUCUUGAGUUUUUGAAGUCGUGUCACUGCACCGUGUUUUGUGUUGUUUCUUCAGUUCCGAAUAAUAUUUUCAUUUCCUCAAAACUUCUAUUAAAGAAAUGACUGAAACCGAUUCUAAUUCGCAUUUAAAAACAAAAGGAACCCGAGCCCUGAUAUUAGUUGGUGGCUAUGGAACCAGAUUGAGGCCUUUAACCCUAAGCAUUCCAAAACCUUUAGUGGAAUUUGCCAAUAAGCCGAUUCUCUUGCAUCAACUUGAGGCUCUGAUAAAUGCGGGUGUGUCAGAGGUCAUAUUGGCCGUGUCAUAUCGUGCUGACCAAAUGGAAUGUGAACUGAGGAAGGAAGCUGAAAAAUUGGGUAUAAAUCUGAGAUUUUCACACGAAACAGAACCUUUGGGCACUGCCGGUCCAUUGGCUCUGGCAAAGGAUGCCCUCAGCGCAAGUGAUGAUCCAUUUUUCGUGUUGAAUUCCGAUGUCAUAUGUGAUUUUCCAUUUAAGCAACUUGAAACAUUUCAUCGUGCUCACGGUAAAGAAGGAACAAUCGUUGUCACAAAAGUCGAAGAACCGUCAAAGUAUGGAGUCGUGCUGUAUGAUGAAACAUGUCGCAUAAAUAGUUUCAUUGAAAAACCUCAAGAAUUCGUGAGCAAUAAAAUUAACGCCGGAAUAUACAUAUUCAAUCCGUCGAUCCUAAAUAGAAUAGAAAUCAAGCCGACGUCAAUCGAGAAAGAAGUCUUCCCGGUUAUGGCAGCCGAAAGUCAACUGUAUGCCAUGGAGCUUGCUGGCUUCUGGAUGGACAUCGGACAACCCAAAGACUUCCUGUCCGGGAUGUGCUUGUUUUUGGCUUCGUUACGUCAAAAGCAGCCAUCAGCACUCUAUACGGGAUCAUCGAUAGUUGGCAAUGUUCUAAUUGAUCCAUCUGCGAAAAUUGGAUCGGGAUGUCGCAUUGGGCCGAAUGUCACAAUAGGACCCGAUGUAGAAAUCGAAGAUGGUGUGUGCAUUAAGCGAUCGACAAUUCUGAAAGGUGCAAUAGUGAAGUCGCAUUCUUGGCUGGAUUCGUGCAUUGUGGGUUGGCGAUCAAUCGUUGGGAAAUGGGUUCGUUUGGAGGGAACCACUGUUCUGGGUGAAGAUGUGAUUGUUAAGGAUGAAAUCUACAUAAAUGGUGGCCAGGUCUUGCCACACAAAAGUAUAGCUUUAAGCGUUCCAGAACCCCAAAUUAUAAUGUAAACCUUUUAAACACAAUCGGUGGCCGUAUUCAUAUUCAUAUUAAAGACAUAUUUCGACAUUUAUUUUAAAA